CUGUCUCUCAUGUGGUAUGUGGAACCGUGCGUGCAAUGCAUGCAUUCGCCGUCGUCCAUUCAGAUUCAGACGCUUCUGCUAGAUAAUAGUAUCGCGCGCGUUACAGCACACGCGUGUGUUUUUCCGCAUUUGCUGACAACACAAAGAAGUCCGGCCGGUAUCGCGGCGACCGAGGAGCGCCAAGGAGGAGCCUCAUCGUCGUCGUCGUCAUCGUAGUUAUUGUCGUCUCGCACUCAUGGCAGAUCAUGAGGUCGUCCAGGCGAAGAGCAGCUGGUUUUGGGGAUGGUUUAGCUGGUCUGGAUCAUCUUCGACUAUGUUACGCGCCGCGGAGAAGAAAAUUUUGUCAUGCUUGAAAACUGCAUAUCGAGGAUGGUUUGUUGAUAUUGGGCCAGUCGUGGGGCCUGCGGAUAAGAUAUGGACUAUUUCAUUGAACGAGGAGUCAUCAAAGGUGCCAAUUGUUCUACUACAUGGCUUAGGAGCUGGAGUAGCACUGUGGUGUCUAAAUUUGGAUGCACUUGCAUCCCAGAGACCAGUGUAUGCUAUAGAUCUGUUAGGAUUUGGCAGGAGCAGCAGACCUGUUUUUAGCAAUGAAGCGCUGAAAGCUGAGGAGGAGCUGGUGCGAUCUGUGGAGGAAUGGAGAAGAGAAAUGCAGCUGGAGAAUUUUGUACUGUUGGGCCACUCGAUGGGUGGCUUUCUCGCGGCAUCUUACGCGAUGCGAUACCCUGAGAGAGUGAAACACCUGAUAUUGGCCGAUCCAUGGGGCUUUCCCGAGAAGCCAUCCGAAGUUGUUGCAAAGACGCACUUACCAUUAUGGGUUAAAGCCAUUGCGUUUGCGGUGCAGCCUUUGAAUCCUCUGUGGGCAGUGAGAGUUGCUGGACCGUUCGGACAAUGGCUCAUUGAAAAGACAAGACCUGACAUUGUGAAGAAGUUCUCUCCCUUACUGAAGGACGACACUGCUGUAAUUUCACAAUAUAUACACCAAUGCAACGCGCAGACACCAUCAGGCGAGAGCGCGUUUCAUGCAAUGAUGCAUGGUUUCGGAUGGGCAAAAAAUCCAAUUGUUAAACGAAUGGAUAAGUUAAACGAGAAUAUACCUAUAACGUUACUUUACGGUAGUAGAUCAUGGGUUGACAAUUCCGCUGGUGAAACGAUUAAACUUCAUCGCUCUUCGUCAUAUGUGAAUGUUCAGGUAAUUACUGGAGCCGGUCAUCAUGUUUACGCAGAUAAAAGUGAUAUUUUCAACAAAUACGUAAUGGAAGCAUGCGCGUUAACUGACUCGAUACCUCGUUUAACAUCAUCAAAUUUACAUCCUAAAUCUAGCAAUCAAGAAACAGAUGUAAAUUUAUCGAAUGAAACGAUUGAAGAACAAAGAUCAAAGGAAAAAGACCUGAAUUCAUCAGACUCAAUCACAGAACCAAAAGUUUAAUCAAAAUUUAGAGUGAAAUUUUUUUUACGAAAAGGGACAUUCCUAUUUUCUAGCUGCUGGUACAAAGAAACAUAUAGUAAGCAAUAUAUUGUGAUGCUGCAACAAGCAUACAAAUAUAUGUUUGUGACACAUGAGCUUUAUGUAAUUUAUAAAUGUAAUAAUGUAAAAGAGUGUGAACUGACGGACACUGGACAUGUUUUAAUUGACUGUAGAUAUUGAGACCUCGUAAAAUCAUUAAUACUCUGUUUUCGGAAUUAUGACAAUGUAUUACUGCAAAUGCGCGAAAACUAUACAGGAGCGGUGUAAUCUUGCCAUAGAUAAGAUUUAUAUCAUUUUUAAUCGUCGAUUAGAUACAAUCAAUCAAAAAUCUAAUAUAUAUAUGUCGUAAGAAAUUUUUGUCAACGGGAUCAAGUGGUUAUAGGAGGUGUAACUAUAUAAUGAAAGUUUGUACAUUAUGUACAGUCUUUACUAAUACAAGCCAUAGUAACAUCUAGUGAGGAGUAAGCAGUCUUGUUGUGUUAUUAUUAGUUGUAUUAUCUCACAGCUGUUGCAAGAUUUUAUGUCUAUUGUACAAUACAAUUUAUUCCUAAUAAAUUAUUUAUUGUACACACAUGUACAGAAAGUUGAACUUUAGUAUUAUAUUUAUAUUGAAUAAAAAUUGUUCUCUGA